ACAUCUUUCGAUCAUUCAAUCUUCUUGUCCUAAACUUAUUGAAAUCCAAAAAAAAAAGUUAAAUAAAUUCAUAUAAAUCUCAAACUCCAACAUAAAAAAAAGUAGGACUAUUAAUCAUCAAGUUUUGACCACUUCUCUCCAUCUGGGUUUCAUCUUCAGUUCCCUUUUUUGUCAACUCAACUUCACCACCAAAGAGAGAGAGAUCCCUUUUUCUCUUUGCUAUUCAAAAAAUUGAGAUUGUUGUUUCUUUCUCAAGUCUUUUUAUUUUUUUUUGUUACAUUUAUGGACGUCUCUUGAUUUCGCUUUAUAGUCCCCUCCCCUCUCUAAAAGCAUUUUUGUUUGUUUCUGAUUUGUACCAAGAAUGAUUGAUCAUCUAAAGAGUUUCGAUUUGACAGGUUUCUAACUAUAAAAAAAAAAGAUCAUCAAAAUCUUAAAAUCUUUUUUGGAAAUGGGAUCUGGAACUGGGUUUUACUCAGAUCAAUUGGAUCCUAAAUGGGUCGUCGAUCCUCAGCAUCUCUUUGUUGGUCCCAAGAUUGGUGAAGGAUCUCAUGCCAAAAUCUAUGAAGGAAAGUAUAAAAACAAAACAGUUGCUAUAAAGAUUAUUAAAAAGGGAGAAUCUCCAGAAGAGAUUGCUAAAAGAGAUAGCAGAUUUGCGAGAGAGGUCUCUAUGUUGUCCAGAGUUCAACACAAGAACUUGGUCAAGUUCAUUGGAGCUUGCAAAGAACCGAUCAUGGUUAUAGUCACUGAGCUUUUACUAGGCGGUACAUUGCGUAAAUACCUCGUGAGUUUGCGUCCAGGGCGUUUGGACACGCGUUUAGCUGUUGGGUUUGCUCUUGACAUUGCUCGUGCAAUGGAGUGUUUACACUCUCAUGGAAUCAUUCAUCGUGAUCUCAAACCAGAGAACUUGAUCUUGACAGCAGAUUACAAGACUGUUAAACUAGCGGAUUUCGGUUUAGCUAGAGAAGAAUCACUAACCGAGAUGAUGACUGCAGAAACUGGUACUUAUCGUUGGAUGGCUCCUGAGCUUUAUAGCACGGUCACGUUGAGGCAAGGUGAGAAAAAACACUAUAACCAUAAGGUAGAUGCGUACAGCUUCGCCAUCGUCUUGUGGGAGCUUAUCCACAACAAGUUACCUUUUGAGGGAAUGUCAAAUCUCCAAGCUGCUUACGCUGCUGCAUUCAAGAACGUGAGGCCGAGUGCAGAUGAUUUACGGGCGGAUUUAGCAGCGAUAGUAACAUCUUGCUGGAGAGAAGAUCCAAACGACAGACCAAACUUCACAGAGAUUAUUCAACUUCUCUGACAUUACCUCUCCACGAUUUCAGCACCUGAGCUUGUUCCUCCGUCAAUCAAGCAUGUUUUCUCAUCAGAAAACACUGUGCUGCCACCAGAAUCACCGGGAACUUGCUCAUUGAUGGCUGUUAGAGACGGAGAUCAGAUUACUACAGACGCAAACUCGCCGGAGAAAGAAGGUAGAGGAAGCUUCUUUUUCUGCUGCUAAUUUAGAUGAUGAUGAUGAUAGAAGGGAAAUGAGAGAACCUGGUUCGAAAGUUUAAUGAUUGAUAAACAUAUUAAUUUGGUGAAUGAUUAGAGCUUAGAGUUAUUGUUACAAAUUAUAAUUUUGUUGAAAUUAUGUAUAUUUUGUUAUGUUUUUCAGUUAUCA